AAUGAUGCCGGGUCAAACACGGGUCGCGUCGCGAGCGUCAGAUAUUCAACACACUCGGGUAGCUCGAGAUCUCACAUAAUCGACACGGUGUUCAGACAUCGGGUCAGACUGAGGGGACUUCAACGGCGUUGGUUUAAACAGAGGGAAAUUACCCGAAGAAGAUUCAAAGUUAAUGGCCAUGGCCGACGGAAGUAAGGCCGGAAGUCUAGCAAGCGUCACCGGAAGUAAAAAUGUUCUGUACGCGGAAGAUAUCACUUUUGACAAGGGUAGUUGGUGGAGCCGGCGGACAAGCUUGGAGAAGAAGAUGGCAGCUCUGAUCCUGGUGUGCCUCCUCACUGCAGUCAUCUUCCUCGUAGUGGUCAUAGUGCUAGCGUCCGAGCGGAAUAACGCUGCCCCCAAAAUAGAAAAUGGAAUGACGAUGCCCUCUCCAGCGCCAAAACCAGCUGUUUGCCUUACACCUGAUUGCGUGGCCACAUCUGGCCGUCUUCUGGGCAGGAUGAAUCUGAACGCCGACCCCUGUGACAACUUCUACGAAUUCGCCUGCGGUUCAUGGAUGGAAAAGAACAUUAUCGCUGAAGACAAGUCCGCCAACGACAUCUUUAGGAACCUCGGCGACAGUCUGCUCAUUAAACUACAAAGACUGCUCGAAGCACCCCCUGUGGAGGGAGAGUCAACUUCUGUUAAAGAAGCUAAGAAGAUGUACGAGUCCUGCAUGGACCUAGACACCAUAGACAAGCGCGGCAAGAAGCCCCUGAUCGACUCCCUGCCAGAGUUUGGGGGGUGGCCUGUGCUGUCCCCAGCAUGGAACGAGUCAGCCUUUAACCUGGAGGAAACCCUCGUGAAGCUGUCCAACUACAACAACGUCCCCAUUAUCUACCUGGCUGUCGUCACAGACCCCGCCAACACCACCGUCAGGAAACUGUAUUACGACCAACCGAGUCUAGGAUUACCUGGUCGCGAGUAUUACUUGAAAGAACGGAACAGCAGUACACUGAAGGCAUAUGAGGACUACAUCAUCAGGACUGCCGUGGCGCUGGGGGCGAAUCAGGUCGACGCCAGUGAUCAGAUCCGAGAUCUCGUGGACUUCGAGAUAGAAAUAGCGAAUAUUACUGUACCACUCUUUGAUCGCCUGGACCAGAGCAAGCAGUAUAACCCCAUGUCCAUCGCAGAGAUGGCACAGAACUAUUCGCAGUUUGACUGGUUGAAACACGUCCGUGACAUCAUGGCGGAGGAAGGCGUGGACAUCAACAUCACCGCUGAGGAAGUUGUCAUCAACUGGUCCCCACCAUACUUUGAGAAGCUCUUCCCCAUCCUGGAGAAAACACCCAAGAGAGUGUUGGCCAACUAUGCUAUAUGGAUGCUGAUUAAACAGAGAGUGAAGCUACUUGACUCCUCAUUCCGAGACAGCAUCACUACAUUCAACCAGGCGUUAAGCGGGACCUCUGCGCAGCCUCCGCGGUGGAAGGUGUGUUCCACGUAUGUCAACAGCGCCAUGAGCCUGUCUGUGGGCCGUCUCUAUGUCGACGCCCAUUUUAAGGAAGCAGCUAAAUCUGACAUGUUGAAUAUCAUCUCCUACUUGAGGUCGUCCUUCAAUGCCCUCCUGGAAGAGGCUGUCUGGCUGGAUGACACCACCAGAACUGUGGCCAGGGAGAAGGCGGAGGUGAUGGACGAGAAGAUAGGCUAUCCAGAGGCCCUGAAGAACAACAGCUACAUUGAUGAUCAAUAUAAACACCAUAUAUUCAACACAAGCCUGUACUUUGAAAACGUCCAGAUAGAACUACAGCAGGCCUCAAGAAAACAUCUGCGUUCCCUCCGACUCAAAGUAGACAGAUCCGAAUGGCUAGUGCAACCGGCAGUGAUCAAUGCUUUCUACAACCCGACAUGGAAUGAAAUAGUAUUUCCAGCUGGCAUUCUCCAGGAGCCAUUCUACAGCGAGAGCCAACCUGGUUCAAUAAACUUUGGUGGUGUGGGCAGCGUCAUUGGACAUGAGAUAACGCACGGGUUCGACAACUACGGCCGACAGAGGGACAAAGACGGAAACCUGCGACAGUGGUGGGAUCAGAUCGUGAUUGACCGUUUCCAGAAUGCCACAAAGUGCUUUGUGAACCAGACGUCAAGUUACGUUAGCCCUGAAGCUGGACUUAACGUUAACGGCUUGUUAACCAUGGGCGAGGACAUUGCCGACAGCGGUGGAGUAAAACAGAGUUACAAGGCAUACCGGAAGUGGGUAGCUGACCGAGGUGCGGAGGAGGCACCCCUCCCCGGAAUGACCCUGAAUCACAACCAGCUGUUCUUCCUGGCGUGGAGCCAGGUCUGGUGCACGAAAAUCAGAAAGGAGAGAGCAGAGCGAAAUAUCUACAGCGACUACCACAGCCCAAACCGACUCAGAGCGGUGUCUCCGCUGCAGAAUCUGCCGGAGUUUGCCGAGGUGUAUAACUGUAAACCGGGAUCCUUCAUGAACCCAAGGACGAAAUGCACAGUUUGGUGAACAGCUACAACUGUGCACAACUGUACGUAACUGUUUCUCUCGGACUCACAGCGUCAUGAGAACAAUCACAUCACCCCGGUUGUAACAUGGGAUGGACGGUGCUACAGUUGACUGUAAACGUAAUGAACACAUAUAUGUGUGUGUAUAGUGCCACCUCGCUAAUACAUAUGAUUCUAUUUCGCGAUGACGAAACACGAUUUUUAUAUCUCGUUGAUGUUCCAUGAAUCCUAAUUCCUGAUGUGAGACGAACAUUUUUAUUACUAAUACUACGGUAGAUAUAAUAACCGGUACUUACAUCCCUCAACCCUCAAGUUCUCUAUAUUCUGAUUACCGAAAUAGUGUGUGUGUGUGUGUGCGUGCGUGCGUGUGUUGGGGAUGUGGUUGAAAAAAAUAAUUUGUUUAAAGAAACAUGAAAUAUGCACAUUCUGAUAUUCAGUUCCUCCUUUCGCAGGAGUAGAACUGCAUGUUUUGAAGCUAUGAUGGAAAGAAUAU